UCUUUCCACAUCUGCAAGGGUACAGCGCUUAGGAGUUCAGAAUCAGAGCUAACGCCCCAUGCGCAAAAGCGACCCGGACGGGAUCCCAACAAAAGAGUGCCGUUGUUCGAGGGCAUUGUUUAGCAUACAAGCGCCAUGUAGUCGUCUGACGCAUGUCCUCCGGCACUGUGUCCUGGCCCACCUGUCUUUGACAGACGUCCGCUGCCGAUUUCCACAAUAAACAGGACCACUCCACUGUGUUUAGGUCGUGACUCUAGUUUAAUCGUUCAACAUCACACGCACAUGCACGCACCAGCGACAGGGGGCGGACGCUAGCGAUAAGGCGACCCUGCUUGUGACCGCCCGCCCAGCGCGCAUCAUGGCAUAUGCUGAUAUCAGGGCAGUCGUUCGCGCAGGACCUAUCGGCGAAGGUCCAGGACGUUGGCGCUUCCGCGAGGGCAGGACUGUGGUCAAAGACCGUAGUGCCGAGGCAAACCGGCGUGCGUCGUGGGGCGGCGGACCCGCCGUGCCAGACGUGAUGAACGCCCACACCUUUGGAGCAGUCUACAUCACGGCAACACUUAACGCCAACUUUUAUGAAGCGGAGGUGAAGCCGCUAGUCGACUGCGUCGUGCGGGACGGAAACAGCGUCGCUAUCAUGACGUACGGUCGGCCGGGCACCGGCAAAACCUUCACCAUGAUGGGCGGCCCCGGCGACGGCAACGGCGAGGGCAUGGUGGCGCUCGCCAUCCGCGACUUAUGCGCGACCGGCGCUUCUCUUGUUCAAGUGCAUGUUGAAGAGGUGCUCGGCGACACGGUGCGGCGGUUGAGUGCACCGCCACCACAAGCCACUGGCGGGGAUGGCAUCAGCAGUCCAAAAGGCUGGGGCCCGCAGCCACACGGCCACGGCCAAAAUGUCGGCGCAGCCCCACCAGGCACAGAGUCCUACAAGUGGCUUGAUGCCCUGCAGGACGCAACGCGCAAGCGUUCCCCUGGAUCUCACCUGCUCGUGCGGCUGGUGGUCCGCACAGCGGCCGGCGGCGGCGGCGAGUCGCGCCUGGACUGCUGGGACCUGGCCGGCACCGAGUGCGAGCUGGAGGUGGUGGUGCGCAUGGCCAAGGCCGUGGCCAUGGCCAGCAGCAGCAGCGGUGGCGCUGGCGGCAGCGGCCGCGCCCCGCCAUGCCUGGAGAACGCAUUGACGCAGCUGCUGCAGCAGUCGCUGGCGGGCAGCGACCGCAUCCUGCUGAUCGCCACCAUCGACCCGGCAGCCGACGGCGCGACCCAAGUCACACUGGACUUUGCUAAGGAGUUCAGCAGACUGCGGCGACCACCGCCACCGGGACCACUGCCCGCGGAGUCGGGAUCGUCAACACCGGCGCGGGCGGCGCGCGUGGCGGCGAAUGGUGCGAAGGCGGUGCCAGGUGGUAAUGGUGGUGGCGGUGGCGCUGCAGGCGGUGCGGCAGCGGCGGCAGCAGGCACGCCCCCGCGUGCGGUGCUGCGGGCCCUGCACAGCGGUGUGCCCCGCGGCAUUCAGCAGCAGCAGCGCGCGACGGGUGUGGGCAUGGGACUGCUGCCGCGCACGCCGGCGUCAACGCAGCGGCCAACGACAGCAGCAGCAGCAGGUACCCGCUGCGCUGCAGCACCGCCUGCAACGGCGGGCAAGCCGCCGCGCCCACCCUGCGGCGGCCUCAUGGCAACCGGCAUCAAGCCGCCGCUGCCGUACGCUGCCACCGCCGCACGCAGCCGCCCGGCGCCGUCGCCUUCCCUCGCUGCUGCCGCCGCGCGCGGCGGAAGCCCGACGGUGAGAAGCGCGGCCAAGCAGGCGAUGAGGCAGGAGGUGGAGAGGCGGGAGGUCGGUGCGGGCGCCGCGCAUAUCGCCGCUGAGGAAGACGACGGUGAUGUCGGCGGUGCGUGCGACCGCCACCGCCACAGUGGCCUGGGCAGCGGGCGCUUCAACCUGCUGCUGGAGAAGGCGGCGGAGGAGGCCGCGUUGGAGGCAGCUUGCAAUACGCCGGUAGGCCCACACGCCGCGGUGGCGGCCGGAGCAGCGGCGGCAGCGCCCAUGGAUGUGGACGACCCAGCGGUGGCGGUGGCAGCUGAUGGGAGCGAGGCCAUGGUGGCGGCUGCAGCUGGCGUUGGUUGCGGCGGCAGCGGCAGCGGCGCUGCAGAGGUUGAGUUCGUGCCGGCGACGCAGCAGCCCGCAGACGAGGCGGAGGAUGGCAGUGGCAGUGGGCUUGACUCACCGUUCCUUUGCAUGCCGCCCAUGGCGCUUGCGGUGGGCAGAGCGGCGCCAGCGCAGUGUGCCGCGGCGGCGGCUCCGGCCAGUUUGCCGGCUGCUGAGCUGCUGGCAGCCAACGCGGGCGGCGCCAUUGGCAGCAGCAUUACUUGUGAAGGCACCGGUGCCGGCGGCAGCCAAGAGCAGAGUCAGCAGCAGCUUGACCUGCAGCAGCGUCAGCAGCAGCCUGCAGUCGAAGCUGGGACCUUGCUUGGCAACCACGCGGAAGUCCGCGCCGGCAGACUGCAGCAGCAGCAGCAGGAGCAGCUGGGCCCAGUGAGGCAGGAGCGUGAUGAGCAGAUGUGUGGCCCGCUGUGGGCUGGGUUGGAGCAGGAGGUUCACGCCCUCGUGGCGCAGCUGGCGGAUGCGGGGCGGCAGCUGCAGCAGUUGCGGCGGCUGGAGGCCGCGGGCGAGGCCGCACUCGCCGCGGCCCGCGCGGAAGCGGAGACGCUGCGGCAGCAGGCGGACGAAAGUGAGGCCCUGGCAGAGGCGGCCACACGGGAGCUGCUGGCAUUGGUCGCUAGUAAGAGCGCCGACGCUGCGGCAGCCACUGCUGCUCACCAGCGGGAGCUCGCACAGCACCAGGCGUGGUGGCAGGCCGAGAUGGCGCAGGAGGUGCUGCGGCGGGAGGAGCUGGAGCGGAGCCAGGCGGACAUGAAGCAGAGCCUGGCCAAGGCCGCCGCUGAGGUUGCGGGGGCACAGGGUUCCAGCGCCGAGCUGCGCGCCGCCCUGGCCGAGACCACAGCCGAGCGUGAGACCCUGCGUUCCCAGGUGGGCGUGUCCAGCGCGAGCCUGUCGGCAACGGCGGCGCAGCUGGCGGCGGCAAAGGCCGCCCAUGCGGAUGUGGAGCGGCGGCUGGCGACUUCAGCAUCUGAACUGGAGGCGCUUCGUGCUCAGCUGGCGGUUGCGGAGGCAGAGCGUGAGGGCCUUGCCGCGGCUGUGCCUCAGGCACAGUUGGAGAACGCCCGCCUGACGCAGCGCCUGUCCGAGGUUGAGCAGGAGCGGUGCAGUGCUUCGGCCGCACUAGGCGCGGCUGAGGCUCAAGGCGCCGCGCUCGCCGGCAAGCUCGCACAGGCAGAGGAGCGGCAAAAGGAUCUGGAGGGCAAGCUGGCAGCGGCAGAGACCGAGGCACAGCAGCUGUCUGAGCGCCUGCGCGACGCCGACGCCAAAGCUGUGGUGUCUGGGGCGGCGCUUAAGGAGCGAUCUGCCGCUCUGGCGGACGCAGCCGAUGCCAACACCCAGGCUCACGACGCCGCCGCCGCUGCGCAGACCGCCCGCGCUGCUACUGAGCAGCACUUGGACGCAGCACGUGCCGCUGUGGCGCAGCUGCAGCAGCAAGCUGAGAGCGCCGCCGCCGAGCGGGAGCAGCUGCGGGUCGAGCUUACCGCUGCGGACAACGACCGGUCACAGAUCACAGAGGCCCGGGCCGCUGCCGAGGCGGCAGCACAGGCGCUGACGGCUGACCUGGCAGCGGCCACGACGCGUCUGGCGGAGACAGAGGCCCGCCUUCACGCCUCCCAUGCGGUAAUCGUGGGCCUCACAAGUCAGCACCAGGCUGGAAAGGACCUGGCGUCCGAGCUGGGGGCUGCUGAGGCGGCGGCGACCGAGAUGCAGGCCAAGUGGCAGGCCCAGGCCAAGCAGCUAGAAGCCCUUGAGGAGGAGCGAGACCAGCUGCACUCUCGGGCAGAGGCGGUGGAAGCUGAGCUGCAGACGCUGCGUGAGGCAGCGGCGGAGGCUGCGGAGGCGGCUGAGUCCCAGAAGGCUGCUGCGGCUGACAGGCUCUCCGCGGCCGAGGCAGGGGCCGCUGCGCUACAGCAACAGCUGCUAGCGGUGGCGCAGGAGCGCGACCAGCUGCAGGCGCGUUUUGCCGCGGCCGAAAAGGAGCGCGUGGUGUCCCAAAAUCGGCUGGCGGCGGCAGAGCACGACCGCGAUGCCCUGGCUGGACAGCUGCGGGACUCUCAGGCGGAGGCCGCAGGGAUGGCAGCGGCGCGGACGGAGGCAGCUGCGGACCACCAGGCAAUGACCGCGCAAGCCCAAGCAGAGGCGGAGCAGCUGCAGGCGACCAUCACCGGGCUGCGGCAGGAGCUGGUGGAGGCGGCUGUGAAAGCCGAGGCUGACAGCUCAGCGGCCGCUGAUACCCGGCAGCAGGCAGAGGCGCUGCAAGAGCAGCUGCGUCAGCAGGCGGCGCUGCUGACGGCACGUGGCGCGGAGCUGGUGGCGGCUCAGGCCCAGGUCGGGGCGCUGCAGCAGCAGCUGGAGGCCCUGGCCCCGGACGCCAUGCAGAAGGCCGAAGUUGCGGCAGCAGCGCGUGUGGCCGCAGUGCAGCGCAAGGCCGAGGAGGAGCGGCAGCGGCUGCAGGGGCAGUGGGAGGCGGACCUGACCAAGGAGCGGCUGCAGUGGGCCGAGGAGAGGGGGCGGCUGCAGGCGCAGCUGCUCAACAACCUACAGCCGGCGCCGGCCGUCCUGGAGCUGCAGAAGCUGCAGGAGCGCAUCAGUGCGCUGGAGCGGCAGGGCCCGGUGCACGUGGCGGCAGCCGCUGCAGCGGCGGCGGCAGCCGCGACCGAGGCUGUGCAGGCGAAAGAGGAGUUGAUACUCGCAGCCGUGCACCACAUGUUUGCCGAGCAGGCGACACAGCGAGCGGCAAACGAGGCGCGCGCGGCGAUUGCGGCUGAGGGUAUUGUGCGGCAGCCGUCUUUUGACGAGAAGGAGAACAUCGAGCCUUCUCAGGAGCAGUACUCCCAACAGCCGUCGGUGCAGGCUUCUCCACGGCGCCCUCCUCUCCAGGUGCUGCCAUCGCCGCUACCGCCAAACGCGCGGGCUCGCCCUGCUGGUGGUGCUGCACCCGGGGCCGCAGGGGCUGCCGGCAAUGCAGCCGCGGCCGGCGCCAGCGGCACCGGUGCGGCCGUGACGGGCGUCAAGCGGCCAGCAGCAGGUCCAGCCGCCGGCGCCGGGGCAGAGGCGGAGGCCAACCCCAAGCAAGCAAAGCCAGCAGCGCCGGCAGUGGUGGCACAAGCGGCCGUGGUGCCGACAGUGGCAGCUGCGGCUGCGGCAGGGCCCGGGUGUAGCCAACCCGUGCCGGGCGACGGUGCUCCUCGCGGCGGCGGCAGCGGCGGCAGCGGCGGCGACGGCGGUGGCGGCAACGGCAACGGCGGCGGCGCUGGUAGUGGUGCAAAAGCUGGAGUGGCAUCGGGCGGCGUGGGCGCCAAGCGGAAGAGCUGGGACUCCGAUGGCUCCGACUUCAUGAGCCCUGUGGCGCCCAGCCAGCGGCUGCUGGACAUCGAAGCUGAGAGGAGCAAGGCGGACAAGGCCGAGGCCGCCAGGAGGGCGAAACGGGCCCGCCCGACGCCCGCCGCCGGUGCCAGCCAGCCAGCCAGCCAGCCGACGUGCGCAUCGCAGCAGCCGGGCCUGUCGCAGCGGGGGGCACAGCGCCAGCAUGGACAGCAACAGCAAGCACGGCAGCAGGCCGAGCCGAUCCUGUCCCAAGUCCCCCAAACGCAGGACUGCACCCAGUCGCAGCUGGCGACGCAGGUCAAGAGCCAACAGCAGAAGCGAACGCGCAUGGUGGAUUUCAAGGUGGUGCGGAAGGAUUUCCCAGACGGCCUUGCGCACGACUUCUAUGAAUGCUCCAUAUGCCACAAGCUCACCCUGCCCGUGGCCACGUCACACGUGUGUGACGCGGGCACGAAGGACAAGGAUCGCAGCGUGCGCGAGUGGCACAGGAAGGCUGCGGCUGCCGCUGCCGCUGCGGCGGCGACGAUGACGCAGGCGUGAGCUGCAAGCAGCGGCGCGCGCUAUCGGGUGCGGGAUAAACACCCAUGCAUCAGGUAGUUGAGCCGCGCGGCGGCACUGGCAGCACGCAUCAGCGGUGCGGCACAUGCCGAAUAAGCUGCACGAUGGCACUGUCUCGACCGGCCUACGGGCUUGGCACACGUGUACCGUAUGGUCCUGUGUAUAUGGUAGCUGUACUUAGGUCGCAUGGGGCCAGAGCCGUACUUAACAAUGCAAUUUCGAUGUGGGCGCGCCUUCCCUCGCGUAUAGGCGAACGUAGGAAUGAGCUGCAAUGUCAGACGUUAUUGGACACUGCUGGUGGCGUUGUAUGUGUCAGGAUGCACAGGGUGCGUAGGCGAAGCGGGGAAGCGGUGACAAAAAGUUACGGUAGGCUUGAGGCCCGGCAGGGCAGGGAUGCACCCUGUCCUCAACGUGCUACGCGUGGAAGCACGAAUGUGGUGGUCCCGGCAAAAGCCGCCGAAGCCGCUGGCUGAGGGGGACACUGGCAGCUAGCAUUGACGAGAAUGUAGACCACACAAACGCGUAGCCUAGCUAGCAGUGUUAUCAGUGGUGAAAUGAGGGCGUGGGUGCGGCAGACAGGCGGUCGAGCGCAUGAUGACAUGUCAACAUAGGCAUGACACCCCGUCAACGCUACGGACUUCAGGGCGUGAUGUCCAAGCGCCGGCGGCACCUGGUACCUAUUUACAUGAUGAAUGAGCAAUAUGGAUGGCAACUUUAACCUCAAACGGGGUCUGAAUUAACUUUCAGGAGAUAGUAGGAGUGUUGGAAAUACGCGGUGUUUGGCAAGUUUCCUAUCGCAUCCGGUAUACUGAGUAGCAGGCUCGCGUAGACUAGCUU